AUUCGUCACGGUCAGAGCCGCUAUCUGGGCGGAGAGAAAGAAACCCAACUGAACUAACCCUCCAGCCGACACUCAGCAGAGCAGCAGCCGCAGUUCAAAACUGAGGACGCACGGGGGAUAUCUCGCAGACGUGGUAAACAGAAGAAAACAGAAGCAUCUCAAGCCAAGCAAUUACAUUCUCUUUUGGAUUUACAAAGGUUUUGGUGUCGGCUGGUCUAGUGUGAAGCGUUUACCAGUUCAGCUUCUGUGUUUGAGGAGAGGAGGAGGUAGCCUACAUUUCAUCUAUACUCGGGUCUCGUAAACGGAAUGAAUGACCAAGACAAAGGUUGACACCGGUUCCCCGACGCAUUUUGUCUCGUCGAAGGAGAAGAGGCAAAAGCAGAAAAUGGAGAGCAGCACUGGAGAACAAGAGCAGCCGCAGCCGUCCCCACAGCAGCCUGCGCAGCCGCUACAAGUUACCGAGAAAAAGAAAAUACACCGGGCACCGUCUCCAGCAAGACCCAAAGAUGUGCCCGGGUGGUCCCUCACUAAAAUCCGCGGCGGCAUCGGCACGCCGACGCUGAGCGUUAAACCGGGGGCCAUAUAUUUAGGCGGCCGCGUGUCCAGACGUAGUCCUGUUACCGGGAAGGAGACAAAAACAGAGAAGAGUAAACCGGCCGGCAAACCCGCGCUGUCCGCGCCCGGUGCUCAGAAGAGCAUCGUAAAGUCUAAUAAAAGCGGCCGGAGAAAAGUCUCGGACGCCAGCAUCGGAUCGGAUGAUUUGAGCAAGGACUCCGGCUGCGCUCCGGGGAAACUCUCACCCACCGACAGCAGCUCGGAGCUCUCCGACUGCGCCUCCGAAGAGAAUAAAGUCUCCACAGAUGCGCUCAGCAGCGACACCGAGACCAGCAGCCGCGGGGGCAUCGACGGCGAGAAAGCGCCAGCUGAUCAUGGACUGUUGGACAAAAGUGGACAAACCAAGACCAGCGUGGAGAAAGAGCGGCUCUCGCUGGGAAUGGAGACCGCAGAGGGGAGCGUCUCUCCCGGCGACGAGCGCUCGCUCACCUCGUUCGACAGCAGGAUGCCCGCCAGCACGUCCCUGGCGUUUUCCGACCUGACUGAGGAAUUAAUGGACGGGAUGCAUGAGGAAUUAGUCAGGGAAAUAGAGGAACUCAGGUCGGAGAAUGAUUAUUUAAAGGACGAGAUGGAGGAGCUUCGCUCUGAGAUGCUGGAGAUGAGGGACAUGUACAUGGAGGAGGAUGUCUAUCAGCUCCAGGAGCUCAGACAGCAGCUGGAUCAGGCCAACAAAACCUGCCGCAUCCUGCAGUACCGCCUCAAGAAGGCAGAGAGACGCAGCAUCCGCGUGGCCCAGACCGGACAGGUGGACGGGGAGCUUAUCCGAACACUGGAGCAAGAUGUCAAGGUGGCAAAAGACGUGUCCAUCCGUCUGCAUAAUGAGCUGGACACUGUGGAGAAGAAGAGAUCUCGUCUGGAGCAGGAGAACGAGGAGCUGAGGGUGAAACUGCAGGAUCUGGAGGUGGCCAAGCAGGUCCUGCAAGCCGAGAUGGAGAAGUCCAGAGAGAACAUGAAAAAGAGAGGUGCCAGACCAAACAACAAGCCUGAUAAAAAAGCAUCGCCUCAGCCUCCAGAGGACAGUUCAGACCUUAAGUGCCAGCUUCACUUCGCCAAAGAGGAAUCAGCUCUCAUGUGCAAGAAACUCACUAAGAUAGUUAAAGACAACGAGGCCAUGAGGGAGGAACUGGCAAAGUAUCGCUCUCUAUAUGGAGAUGUUGAUGCAUCACUUACUGUUGAAGAGGUCGCCGAUUCUCCUCACACCCGAGAGGCUGAGGUCAAAGUCCACCUGAAACUGGUGGAAGAGGAGGCGAACCUCCUAAGCCGACGGAUCGUAGAGUUGGAGGUGGAGAACCGCGGCCUUCGUGCCGAAAUGGAUGAUAUGAAGAUCCAAGAUUCCCCGGGUGGAGUCGGCAUCACGGGUGGAGUCGGAAGUCAGCUGCUGCUUUCUACAUCGGAGAAUGUGAUGGAGCUACAGCGCCACCUCCAGUUUGUGGAAGAAGAGGCGGAUCUGCUUCGGCGCUCCCUGAUAGAAAUGGAAGAGCAGAACAAGCUGUUGAUGAAUGAGCUCAACCACUACAAGUCUGAGCUUUCCGCUGUCACUGAAAUAGAGCCGUCGUCAUCCACAACCAUCACUUCACCCACGAUCAUCCCUGGUGCUUCUGAAGAUGGAGGAUCUGGUAUAAACGAAGCCAGCCAUAAAGAACUACUUGCUGCCAGGCUUCAGAUCGUAGAGCUGAACGGCAAAGUAAAGAAGCUCCAGUACGAAAACCGUGUGCUUUUGUCCAACCUUCAACGCUGCGACUUGGCCUCCAACCAGGGCUCCACACGUCCAGCACUGGAGACUGAUGCUGAAGCAGGGGACUCCGCUGAGUGCGUCCCCAGCCAGGCGCACCGCGAAGGCCCAGUUGGUGACGAGCAGAAUGAUAUUCUGGAGGAGAAGAAUCUGAAAGUUUCAAGAACAAGUCACACUCAUACUGCUCACUGCGUCAGCAUAAAAGACCUUCUCGCCAUCCGUGACCAGGCACAACUUGUUACCUCAGCCAUUCAGCUUUUGACGUCACCCGACCCCUCCUGUAUCUCACCAGAUGCCCUCUAUCGUAAGAUUACGACAAACGAGUCUGCAGAACCAGUUCUGCUAGAGAAGAGCCAGACCCAGAGCUCCACGCUGCCCCUGGUGGAGGUUCUGCAUGGCAGACUGCAGUCCCUCCAGGCUCAGCUGCAGGCCCUCAGUGAGAGGGUGGAUGCCCUGGGGCAGCCCCCAGAGAGGGAGCGUGUGGAAGGGAUGUCCCUGAUGCCCCUGCUGUCUGAGGCAGAAGACCCUGCAGCAAAUUGCUCAUGCCCUGCAGAUGCUCAGUUCAACCAGAACACGACCCAACAGAAGCCUGACUCUAGAGACCAGCCAGACUGUGAGGUCAAAGUUCACUCGUGCAAGGCAGAGGAGGAGAGCAACAGCCACAAAGACAGCAACAAAGACGAGGAAUCUGACUUAAAGGAAACAAACUCUCAUCUGCUGACAGAGCAGGUUGGCGAGCUGCACGCUCUGUUGUCUGAGGCGAGAGAGAAAGCUCAGGGAGCACAGGAAGCACUGUCACAGGAGAGACAGGCGCGCAACAACGUCACACAUAAACUCUCUCAGCUUCAGGAAGAGCAUCAGAAGGUUCUCCUCCGCUGUGACUUCCAGCUGCAGAGUCUGAGCCUGCAGACGCGUCUGCAGCAAAAGCUGUGGAGUCAGGAGAGAAACCUGCUGGUGCAGGAGUCACAGCAGCUCAAAGAGAGCCUGCUCAUCAUCAGCCUCAAGCUGCGCUGGCUCCUCAAACAGUGGAGACUCGGCAAGAAACUAGACACAGAGAGCAAGGAUAUCCUAGAGGUUAACAGUGUAAAAGAUCUUCGUAUCCUGCUUGAGGAAGAUGGCCUGUCUUCCCACUAUGGAGACAACAAGAUGUCAGCUGCUGAGGAGCAGCCACUCAACCCUACACCCAAAGAGCACAGCCUGGCAGAGAAAAGCUGCCCACAGACUGGUGGAUUCGGCAGUACUCUGUCGGACCUGAAGGUGGCGCUACAGGACCUGAGCGCUGAACUGCGCGAGGAGUGUCAGAGUUCACAGGAGUUAACGCAGCAGUUUGCCCGUGCUAAAGCAUCAUGGGAAGUCGAACGGAUGGAACUCAAGAGCAUUAUCACUCAGCUGGAGGGUAAGAUGGGGAAGGCAUCUGUGGCUGGGGGUGAAAAGGAUUCUCCAGACCUCAAGGGGGCACUAAAAAAGGAGCGGGAGGAGCAUCAACACCUGUUGGCGGACUCUUAUGCUGCUGUGAUGGACCUCACCAAACAACUGCAGAUCAGUGAGAAGAACUGGAGCCGAGAGAGGCUAGAGCUUCUGGAGCACUUCAACCAGGAAAGAAGUCAAUGGGAACAGCAUUUACGAGAAGCCCAGAGCAAAGGCACACAGUCUCUGCAUGAUAAAACAUCUGAAAAGGAAAUCUCAGCAGAUGCAGCCACCAGUGGUUCAGGACUGCAAAGGACCAAAUCAAUUUCUGGCCUCUCUGAAUUUAAGUGUCUGCUGGACACUAGUCUGUUCCUUUCUGGUCACAAGGUCAGCGGAGUGUCAGAGUGCAAUGUUCCACAGCAUCAAACUACUGCUCCUGCCUCCAUUCUGGCUCGUACCGACUUAAGUGAUCUCAAUAAGAAGAAUUGGAAGUACCUGACCAAUGAUUCUGCAAUGCUAGAGAAAGGUGACCAGUUUAAGACAUGGGACUGCCCAAGCACCAACUCUAACAGCAGCUUCCCUGGACUGGAGUUGAGCAAGGAGUACAUCCAGAGAAGUUACACUGCUCCAGAUAAGACGGGUAUUCGCAUAUAUUACAGCCCUCCAACUGUGAGGAGAAUGGAGAGGAGGCCAGUCAAAGAAAAGGCCCAGCAGGAUCCUCAGCAAGGACCAUCAUCUAGAGACGCAGCCAUGAUAGAUCCAUCAGGUCAGACUGCUGCAUCUGCACCUUUGUUGACCACUUCCUCAUCCACUUAUGAGCAGUGGUUGAGCUCACUUUCACAGCAACAUAGAGACCUGCUUGAGGGACGGACGGGAGGUUCUGCACCAUUCCACGGACUGGAAAUUUCAGGCAACCUUAGUGAUGACAUGAAAGAGAUGACCAACUGUGUGCGACAGGCCAUUCGCUCCAGUUCUCUGGAGAGGAAGUGCAGCAAAGAUACAGGGAGCCAGACAGUUGGUGUUUCAAGUACAGGAACACAAACAGCACAGUUUGUCAGCAUUGGCCUACAAACCGAUGGACCCAUCCCAACAGCUAGAGGCCUUCAAGGGAAAGCAUGGUCUCCUCGUCCAUCCACCUCACUUUCAUCUGCACGCUCCCGACAGAUUUCUUCAUCUCUAGAGAAAGUCCACAGUCGCAUAGAUAGACCAUGUUGCUCACCGAAAUAUGGCUCACCUAAGCUUACCCGCAGGGUCUCCACUUCCUCCUCCAAACUGGAGACAUCCUCAACAUCUUCAAGGGAUCGCAGUAUAUGGAAUCUUCAUAACCGUAGUGGAUCUCAGAGCGGUUCGGCCUGGGCACGUUCCACCACAACCCGAGACAGCCCAGUGCUUAGUGGCCUCAAUGAUGGCUUAACCAGUCUAUUCAGUGUGGUGGAACACUCCGGAAGUGUUGAAUCAUUAUGGAAAGCAGAUCCAUGCCCGGGAAGACAAGCUGCUGGGAAACCCUCCUGUCCUAGCAUAGGUAUUGGACUGGGAGAAGCGGGAGCUCAGAAGUACGGCAUGGUCCAGGAGUUUAUCCACAAUGUAUGCGGCAGGACUGCGCCAGCAGAUACCAUGGAGGAACCAAAGCCUGAAUGCCUACCUGGAGCAUUGAUUGGCACAGACAACAUCACGAAGAUCGUCAAUAAGAGGUUUAUGAAAACACAAAGAAACGAGUUUGUAGCCACUGGAAAGGAUGCAAUGAGCUCAAGCUCUAGUACCCUGGAGGAUUCAGUUUGUGACUGCAGCUCACAAACUGCCACUUCCUGUUUUGCCCGCCACUCCCGCUCCACCACACGACAUACCCAUGGCCAGUGCAAACAUCGAGUGCAAGAGUUACCCAUGGGAACUGAGGAGCGAUUCGAUACCAGUAUUGAAUGAGAAUGAGGGUGACCUUUUGUGACACCCAAAAAGUACACAAAGAAGACAACUGUCAACACCCACCCCACACACACUGCCACACACGCCAAUACACACAGACACACCCUUAAACAAACAAAUACAUACUUCAUACCUUCAAUAAAAGUCUUCAGGAUUACAACAAUGGGACCUUGAAGAAUUCCUGCAUCUGGAGUUUCCAAACCAGAUCUCAGUUUAACCAGCACACUUUAAUGCCAAGGAAGGGGAAAGAGUUGACCUCUCCUUUAGGUCCACCAUUUCACUGUCAACCAGCCAGAUUCCACAUUGUAAGUCCAUCAUUCCAGCGUAAACCAGCCAGACAUGCCUUUAAAGUCCACCAUUCUACAGUCAUCCAGUCAGACCUCUUCUUAAACUCUGCCAUUCCUCUGUUCUUCGUCCAGCCACCAGGACAGCUUAGCCAGCCAUUUCAAUCCCCGUUUAAGAACUUGAGUAAUCCAAACCAAGUUAACACCAGAUCUUAAUGAAGUCAUGUAAAUAUAAAGGGAACAUAAAGCAUGCAACUGAACUACACAAACCAAGAACCUCAACAUGGCCUUCCGUAAGAUCAUGAUGUUUUUUUGACAACUGCCCAGUGGCCCUUACUUUUGACUACAAACAGCAUUGCUUGGAGUAGCUGUAAAAUUGUCCUGUAACCAGCCCUUGAUGGAUUCUACAAAUUCACAACUUUUUGAGUCUACAAUGGACCACUUUUCCCUUCAGUGUUUAAGAAAGGUGUUAUCACCCAAAUUAAGUGUGGUCUCAAUUUGGUAUUAAGUUUAUGUUCUCUAAACACAAUCAUCAAACUAGCUUGUUUCAUCCACUAUAUAGACUCUGCAACUACUUGGGACCAUGUUCCAUUUUCAAACCAGCCAAAAUAUGAAACUCUGAAUCUACCCCUGGAUUUCUCUAAAAAAGGACUGGAUGAUAUGAUUGAUCAUAUUGCAUUAUGGAUCAGUCCUUUUUAAAACGUAAUAUUCUUAUUAUGCUGUCUGAAGAUGUCUACGAAGAGCACGUUGGUAGCUGUAGAGUAGGAGGAUAGCAGUUUGCUUUGGUACUUAGUACUGUGUUUAAAGUGUUUGAACAUUUACAUUAACACGUAAAUCUCCAUUCCCUGGCUAGGAUGUCCUCAUGAAUUUUAAAGUGUAAUUGUCAUUUUUAUUCUUACCCUGUAGUUCUACAGAAGACAUGUUGCCAGGUGCAUCUUCUGCAAUCCUCCUCUUUAUUUUCUGUGUGUCUACCUCUUCAUCCUCUAUCAUUAUGCUGAAAUAAACCUAGUGGACCUUCAGUCAGGGUAGGCGCCAAUUUUCAUUUGAUGGGAAUGAAAAACAUGAGAACAUGAGAAAAACUCUGCACAACUUGAGUUGGGAAAAUUAGCUGUGACUGUAGAAAACCUAUUGAACUGAGACCUUGUUCUAAAUAUAAUGCUUGUGGUCAACCUUUAAGGCAUAGUAUUGGUUAAAUAAUGCUGCAUAGACUGUCAGGUAGUACCUGUAUAGUUUAUAUCAGUGCAAGCUCAGCAAAAGUGGACAUAAAAGAUGCUUAUUGGCCUAAAGGGGAGCUCGUAAGCACCCUUUUGAAACCUAAAAUGGUAAAUGGGACACCCUAUAUGCCCUAUUGCGGCAUUUGCAGCAGUAUGUCAAUCUCUUACAGCCUCAUUCAUGCCAAAUUGAAUGUCGUCUACCCUGACUAAACCCCAUAAUCCUAUUUUCCAGAACACAUUUGAAAGCCUCACAAUAUACCAGUUAUGCAGAUAUUACAUAUAUAAACAGAGAUAUGUUUAAGACUGAAACACUGAAUGAUAAUUAAUUGGCCAUAGUGAGAUUUUGAGAUUAGUACGAUUUUAUCAGAUAAUCCCAAAAUAUAAUCCAUAAUCUGACUAUUCAUGUAGCUAUGCAGUUACCGUAAUACGAGUAUGUGCCUCCCUGUAUCUGCUCCUGCAUCAAGUAUGUUUGUAAUGUGUUUUCUCCAAUCUCCAGUUGGAGUGGUGCUGCAGAAAGUUUAGUCUUUUUCGCUGGUGCUUAUUUUAGAUUUGAUGACAGUACAUUAGAGGAAACAUUUUUGUAUGCAUUUCUCGAGCCAUAAGGAAUUGGUGAUUCAUCUUAUAAAUCGGGCAUUAGUAAAGUUUUAGAAUAUCAAUUUCUCAAUGUCUGGCGAAAAAAUAAACAAACAAACAAACAAACAAACAAAAAAACAGUCAGAUAUUAUAAACCUAGCCUAUUAUUUCCUAGACAAUGUCUCCUCUUUAUCUGUCACAGCCUUGCCAUAUGUCCCACAGCUACCUCUUAAAUCAAAACUGUAUCUUACAUUAUGUUUAACCCAUUCAUGUUUCAUCUGGAAGGUCACUAGAGUGCCUUUUUAAAAAAAUUAAAGCAACAAGAUAUCUGUUAGGAGUAGGUUUAUGAGGAACCAUCUAAUGAUGGCAGUGAUACAACAGAUGUUCUCAGAAGACUGCUGUUAGCUACUGAACCCCUCUGUUUUUUUAAAAAAGGCAAAAAAGAGACAAAGUCUGUAUUCAUAAAGUUAAAUGAAAUGCAAAUUCAAUCUCGAGUGUAUAUUGUAAUUUAUUACAGAAGCCAAAAUACAGUUUGAGGACAUCUAAGAGUGUAAUCUGCUAAUAUAAUCAGUCCAACCCUUCUUUAUAAGCCAUUUUAACUUGUUUGAAUGUUUCCUGAGUUGAGUCUAAUGAUGUAGCUUUGCCCACUUAUACAUAUCAGACAAACGGUGUACCAUCCCUUCAAGUGCCCCUUAACCCGUUUAGUCUUGGUAUUCAUGCUUCUUUUUUUGUCACAUGAUCUCUGAAAAAAACAGGGGGAAUGACCUUAGUUCAGGAGCUUUUCAUUUGAGCGCUCCCAUAAUGCUAAAGUCUUACAUCAAACCCUACUGAUGGUUUGAAAAUUUCCCAAAAUUUAGCAGAAGAAUGUAAAUGCUACCAAUUACACACAGUUUUAUAGCAAUUCUUAAACCAGUGACAGAAGUUUAAAAGGUCAUGUGGUUGGUGGAUUUAGAUUUAAAGAUGUUGUUUUCGUGGGAGCAACUCUCUGAUUGGCCUUCCUGUUCACAAUAUUGGUCUGUGUCAUCACAACACCCUGUUUUAAUGCCUAGCAAUAUAUACAACACCUUGUUGCUUAUUCUUGUCAAUAUUGUUUUCUAAAUUAUUAUAAAGAGAAUGCGUGUAUAUUUCUUUUCUGUUUCCAUUUGAAAUCUCUUUCGAAUGAAAAAAGAUGAUGACAGAUGGACAUUGAGAAACCUUUCUAAAUGUUUUAACUUGAAAUCAAAUAUACUGUAAAUAAAUACACAAUUUGUACUCUUUCUAUCCUCGUGUAGGAAAUGUUGAAUGUCUCUGCCAACUUGAGCUUGAAUUCUGUACCUUUCCUCACCUGAAUUAAACACAUGAGAAGAUUUUGUGUAAAUAGAAACAUUUUAAAAAUAAAAGUGCUGAAAAUU